UGCAGACCAAAGCGAAAACACGGAAGACCCACAUUGCUACAACGCUACACACUGAGCUGUAAUCUCUGCCCGAAACGAGUUUUAUGAAAUAAUAACGACCGUACAUCAAAUUCUGUGUAAUAUUUUACUUGACUUUGGCACUGACAGCUUGUAAAAGGUGAUGGUGUCGAUAAUGCUUCUGUAGCCGAGCUGCUUCCGCCCCACUGAAACGCUGAAAACAAACUGUUAGCAGCUCCUGAGCAGCGGAAGAAGAUGCCUGCUCGGAACGUCGUUUCCAACGGGAUCCCUAACAGCAAAGUUAGGUACUCCAGGCUGGCAACCGAUGACGACGGCUACAUUGAUUUACAGUUCAAACGGAGCCCACCCAAAGUCCCAUACAAAGCUAUAGCACUAGCCACAGUCCUCUUCUUAAUCGGCUCUCUGUUAAUCAUCAUUGGCUCCCUUCUCCUGGCUGGAUACUUUGGAGUCACUCACUCAGACCGAACCGUGCCUGUCCUUAUCAUUGGUAUCCUUGUCUUCCUGCCUGGAUUCUACCACCUACGAAUAGCUUACUAUGCAUCAAAGGGAUACCGGGGCUACUCCUAUGAUGAUAUCCCGGACUUUGAUGACUGAUAAACACCACAGCUUUAACUUUAGUCUUCCUGUACUCACAUAUAGUUCUAAUAUCCUGCUUGCACUGAUAUCUUGAAAGAGAUAAUUAUGCUUGAAUUGAUUCUGUAAAUUACCUUCAUUUAAUCUGAAGAUUUUUUUAUGUUAUUGUCAUAGGGUUUCUUUAAGCGAGGUAGUUGAUGCCAGCCUUCUGUUAUGAAGCCAGAUCAGUAUCAGACAUUGUUUGUAUAUUUUUUCUUUGCUUGAUAAAUUAAUAAAACUAUAAUUUGAUGAGUAUA